AUGUCACGGAAAGUUGAGAAGCAUUUGUUGUUUGAAGUGGCGACCGAGGUCGCCAACAGGGUGGGUGGGAUCUACUCUGUGCUCAAGUCCAAAGCCCCGGUCACUGUUGCCGAAUACCGCGAACGGUACACCUUGAUUGGCCCUCUGAACCACCGCAGUGCGUCCGUGGAGGUGGAGGAGCUGCCGGUGCACAACGCGGCCCUCAAGGCCACGCUGGACUCCAUGCAGUCGAGGGGAAUCCGCUACCUGUACGGCCGUUGGCUGAUUGAGGGAGCGCCCCGGGUGAUUCUUUUCGACAUUGGGUCGGCGUUCCCGUACCUGAACGAGUGGAAGGCAGAUCUGUGGAGCCUGGCAGGCAUCCCGUCGCCCGAAAGCGACGUCGAAACGAACGAUGCAGUCAUGCUCGGUUACCUGACGGCGUGGUUCAUUGGCGAGCUGUGCUGCCACGAGACGGAGCGUGCGAUCAUUCUGCACGCGCACGAGUGGCUGGCGGGCGUUGCGAUCCCGCUGUGUCGCCAGCGCAAGAUCGACUGCUGCACCAUCUUCACCACCCACGCUACCUUGUUGGGCAGAUAUUUGUGUGCGGGCAGUGUUGAUUUUUACAACAACCUCGACAAGUUCGACGUGGACUACGAGGCGGGCAAAAGAGGCAUCUACCACCGCUACUGCAUCGAGCGUGCCGCAGCACACUCGGCCGACGUCUUCACCACGGUGUCCCACAUUACUGCAUACGAAAGUGAACAUUUAUUGAAACGGAAGCCGGACGGCGUCCUGCCCAACGGGCUGAACGUGGUCAAGUUCCAGGCCGUGCACGAGUUCCAAAACCUCCAUGCCGAGAAAAAGGAAAAGAUCAACGAGUUUGUCCGCGGCCACUUCUACGGACAGCUCAGCUUCAAGCUCGAGAACACUCUCUAUUUCUUCAUUGCAGGAAGAUACGAGUAUAGAAACAAAGGUGUGGACUUCUUCAUCGAGGCGCUCGCCAGACUCAACCACCGGCUCAAGUCGAUCAACUCCGAGAUGAACGUGGUCGCCUUCAUCAUCAUGCCGGCAGCCACCAAGUCGUACACGGUGGACACGCUGCGUGGCCAGGCCGUGAUUAGGCAGCUGGAGUCCACCAUCAAGGACGUCCAGAAUCUCAUGGGCAAGCGGCUCUUCGAGUUCUGUCAGCAGCCAAUCAGCAUGCAGAACUCGACGCAGAUCGAGCUGCCCUCGUUGGACGAUCUUCUCAAGCCGGCAGACAGAGUCAACCUGAAAAGACGCAUGUUUGCCCUGAAAAGAGACUCGCUGCCUCCGAUUGUGACCCACAACAUGGUGGACGACGCAAACGACCCGAUCCUCAAUCAGAUCCGCCAGUGUCACCUGUUCAACACCAGCGAGGACCGCGUGAAAAUCAUCUUCCACCCCGAAUUCCUCAACUCCAGCAACCCUGUUCUUCCUUUGGACUACGACGAGUUCGUCAGAGGCUGCCAUUUGGGCGUGUUCCCGUCCUACUACGAGCCCUGGGGAUAUACCCCUGCCGAGUGCACGGUGAUGGGGAUCCCGUCCAUCACUACCAAUCUUUCUGGAUUCGGGUGCUAUAUGGAGGACCUGAUCGAGAACUCGGAAGACUAUGGAAUAUACGUUGUCGACCGUCGGAUGAAAGGCGUGGACGAAAGCAUCAACCAGCUGUGUCAGCAGAUGUUUGACUUCACGCAAAAAUCGAGAAGACAGCGGAUCAACCAGAGAAACCGUGUCGAGCGUCUGAGCGACCUGCUGGACUGGAAACGGAUGGGUCUGGAGUACGUCAAGGCUCGUGCGCUGGCGCUCAGAAGAGCGUAUCCUGAGCAGUUCAAGCACUCGUCGAAUCCGUUCGACAGCGCCGGAAUCAAGAUCUCGCGGCCAUUGAGCGUUCCUGGAUCGCCCCGCGACCGGUAUGUGAACGGCAGCAUGACUCCCGGCGACUUGGGCACUUUGCAGGAGAGCAACGACGCAGACUAUUUGAGCUGGACGCUGAACAAGAGCGGCUACGACGAGGACGUGACUCUGCGUGGGGCCAGUGUGGCACCGAGCGUCGAUGGCGAGAGCAGCGAGGAGUAA